UACAGGAAAAGCUAUUUUUGAAUUAGUACCCCGGUAAAUAUCGCGGUUUAACCACGUGUUUGCAAAUACCAAUUGUUACAAAACAAUCUUAUCAGUGUUAAUAGAAACGAACUUGAAACCAUCGAAAGAAAUGGGGAAAAAAGCCCACACGAGGCACGUACCAAAACAACAAACCAAACACCGAGCAGCACAUAACCUUACUUUCGCUAACGAACUCGAAACGCAAAUCGAUAUCCUUCUUAAACUCACCACUCAAACCCCAAAUGCGAACGUUAACAAAGAAUUUGAAGCCGUAAAAGAAAUUUACGCGGUUCUAGACAAGAUAAGAAUAUUAGAAAAUAAUAUCGAUAGUAAAUAUUUCCGCGAUGAUCGAAGUAGGUUGGACGUCGCCAUUUUAGAACGGUUUGGAACUUGGCUAAAAGAGUUUGGCGCCAAAUUUGAAGGAACAGCUAUAAAAGAAUUCGACGGUUAUGAUUUGGGUUUAAAAGCGGAAGUUGAUAUCCCGGUCGAAUCUUUAAUUAUAGCCGUACCAAGAAAGCUGAUGUUAACUGUAGAAGCGGCUAAAAAAUCUGGGUUAGGUCAUUUAAUCGAAAAUGACAAAAUCAUGCAAAAUAUGCCGAACGUUGCUUUAACAAUUUACCUACUUUUUGAGAAAUUUUCUCCGGAUUCUUUCUGGGAACCGUAUUUUAAUAUACUUCCGCAGAAUUACUCAACCGUUUUAUACUUUAAUUUAGAAGAUCUCGAGCUAUUGACGGGAUCUCCGACGUUCAAAAGUGUUUUGAAUCAAAUAAAGCACAUUUCUAGGCAAUACGCGUACUUUCAUAAGAUGAUAUCUACAGCUCAGGAUUCCGCAUGCGAGGUAUUAAGGAAAAGAUUUACGUUUAAAGAGUACUGUUGGGCUGUUUCAACAAUUAUGACACGGCAAAAUACAAUUCCUUCCGAAGAUGGAAAAGAACGGGUUAAUGCACUUAUUCCACUUUGGGAUAUGUGUAAUCAUACAAAUGGAAGUAUUUCAACUGAUUACAACCCCGAAUUAGAUAGAUGUGAAUGUCUCGCUAUAAAAAAUUUUAAAGCUGGAGAUCAAUUAUUUAUUUUUUAUGGUCCAAGAACAAACGCAGAUUUAUUCGUCCAUAAUGGAUUUGUCUAUGAAGAAAAUGAAUUUGAUUUUUAUCCGUUAACUUUAGGAGUGAGCCAAUCAGAUGUUCUUCGUGAUAAGCGCUUAGAAAUUCUUGGAAAAUUAAACAUCGACUUAUCAGUUCCGUUUAAAUUAACGAAAAAUUCUCCGCCAAUUGAUGGUGAUUUAUUGGCCUUCUUAAGAAUAUUUAACAUGAAUGAAGAACAAUUAAAUCAUUGGUUAUCUGGAGAUAGAUGUAACGAUUUAACUUACAGCGAAUGCGCGUUGGAAACUGUUUUGGAAAAGAAAACGUGGAUGUUUCUUCAAAUGAGAAUGAAAUUGCUACUUUCUUCCUACAAAACAACUUUAGAUGAAGAUUUAGGUAUGAUUAGUAAUAAAAAUAGUUGUAAUAAAAACUUAAUUAUACGGUUGAAAGUUACUGAAAAAAGAAUACUUUAUUGCGUCUUAGAGUAUGCUGAGCAAUGUCUUAAACAAUUUAUUUAAACAAUUUUUAGAUAGUUUUAACAGAUUUUUGGGAUUUUAUUUCUUCUUUUUGAAUU